AGCAUUUUGGCUUUACUAGUUCAAACACCACGCAUAAUACUGAACAUCAAAGAAUGUGUUGAUAGAUUGCUUCGUGAACUUCAAGCGAAACGACAAUUGUCGUCGUUUAAAAAGGAGUUGGAACGGCGUUGUGAAACCCUGUCUCCCGACCGGCAUUGGGUGAUUGCGAAACGCGCGCCAAAAGCGAAGAUUAAAAAGAUUGCGUUAUCACAUUGA